UAUAAAUAAAUCCAAAACACAUAAGCUUACUCUCUCCUCUUGCCGGUGCCACAAUAAACUCUCUCUCUCUCUAUCUCUCUCUCUAUCUCUCUCUCCGACGUACAUUCCUCGCUGUUUUUGAUCUUAGGGUUUCAUGGACUCCUCAAAUUCGUGGGUUUCCACGCGCAUCUCCACCUCUUCACGCCGCCAUCAUUCUCGAUCUGAUCUGUACAUGGAGGAGAGUGAAGGGAACGAUGAUUUAAGAGCGGAGUACCUCUGCCCUUACUGCGCCGAGGAUUACGACGUCGUUUCUCUCUGUUGCCACAUUGACGAGCACCAUCCUAUACAAGCCAAAAACGGGGUGUGUCCUGUUUGUGGCAAAAAGGUAGGAAUGGAUAUCAUUGGACAUAUUACCACGCAACAUGGGAGCUUCUUGAGGGUGCAGCGUAAAAGGAGGGUUAGGAAAGGAGGCUCUUGCUCUACACUUUCUAUGUUGAGGAGAGAGUUACGAGAUGGAGCCUUGCAGUCACUUCUUGGAGGUUCUUCAUUCAUAGCUUCCUCCAAUUCUGACCCUGAUCCUCUGUUAUCAUCUUUUAUGUUCAGCCCACUUGUUGCUGAUGAGUCUUUGAGUGCAACACUUCCUGCUUCCAUCCAAGGUGCUCUUGUAAAAGAAAACUCAAAAGAUCAUUUCUUGGAAAGAAAACCUAAACAGUUACAGCUGUCAGAAGAAGAUAAAGUAGAGAACGCUCGGAGGUUUGAAUUUGUGCAAGGGCUUCUGUUGUCCACCAUUCUUGAUGAUAAAUUAUGACUGCAUUUGUAGCUCGUAUGCCAUUAUUGUAUUAGGAGCUGGAGCUGUAAGCACGAGAGAGAGAGAGAGAGAAAGAAAGAGAGAGAAAUUCAGAACGAUACGAAGUGGCGGUAGUUAUAUAUAUGUAUUGUGUCUAUAGUUAUGUUCAUAAAUGCAACGUUUUUUUAUCCUGCUUGUCUUCUAUGUUACUUCCGAAUAACCAUUGGGAAUAAAAUUCGUUUCACUAGCA